AUGGCCAAUCUUUGGCCUCACCUGGUCUAUGCAUUGGCACUAAUCUUAUUAGCUACCAAUGUAGCUGCUGACGAUCACAAGCCUUACAUUUAUGCUUCUCCACCUCCACCGCCUUAUGUUUAUGCAUCACCUCCACCACCUCCUUACUACUAUAAAUCACCACCACCGCCUUCACCAUCACCUCCUCCACCUUAUAUUUAUAAAUCACCACCACCACCAUCUCCAUAUCCUCCUCCUCCAUACGUUUACAAGUCACCACCACCACCAUCACCCUCACCUCCUCCUCCCUAUAUCUACAAGUCACCACCACCACCAUCACCCUCACCACCUCCUCCCUACAUCUACAAGUCACCACCUCCCCCAUCUCCAUCACCCCCACCUCCUUACAUCUACAAGUCUCCACCUCCUCCAUCACCAUCACCUCCUCCCCCUUACAUCUAUAAAUCUCCUCCACCACCCUCACCAUCCCCUCCUCCUCCUUAUAUUUACAAGUCACCUCCUUAUAUUUACAAGUCACCUCCACCUCCAUCACCUUCACCUCCCCCUCCUUACGUAUACAAGUCACCACCUCCCCCAUCUCCUUCACCCCCACCUCCUUACAUCUCUACACCAAUCUCCACCACCUCCACCAUACGUCUACAAGUCACCACCUCCUCCAUCUCCUUCACCUCCUCCUCCUUACGUUUAUAA